GUUUGCUUUCGAUGCUGCGGAUGCGUUCCUGGGCGUGGCUCGUAUGGAACAAAAGGCGCAUGCUUGUCGUCGAUGGCUAGGUAUUUUAGAAGCCGACCUUGCGCGCGCGAAGCGGCAAGUGCGUGACUACCCGUACCUGGGUCGACUAACGGAAGCGGGGGCUGUUCAGGAGAGGGAAAGGCAACGAAGCGAAAGGAGAAGGGCUGUGAUUCGAAGCUUACGUCGAAACGUGCCGAACAACUAGACUAUAUGUAAAACCCAGUUACAAACGCACGUCUAGUUUCGCAGUAGUCUUACUGUCUUCUCCAUGACCACUCAAAAAAAAUUUCUGAUAAAAAGAAAAAAGUACGCCGUUAAUUUGUAUUUUUACACUCUGGCUUUGUCGUCCCACGCGGACGCGAAGGCGACCAGCAGGGAAAAGGAUCCUUUUCCGCGGAAGGUCUCCCGGUGAUGUAGGGCAAGUCCUGAAGAGGACAAAGAAACCGCGGCGGAGGAAACGAAGAGCAGUCUCCUAGCCAUUUCCAAUCCUGUUGUUAGGAGCUCCUCAUCAGAUCCUUUAUUAUCGAUUUCUACAGUUCUCUGUUCGCUCCGGCUACAGUGACCUACUCAAACUUCAGUUUUGAUUUUGCAUUGCAAUGUAAAAAAAAAGUUUAUUGAUUUUUGAUUGUGCUUAUCAUAGUGUUGUUAAAUGCUACAACGGCCUAUUUUUUCCUCUAUGAAGGGUUGACUUUUGUUACGUGGGAGCAAGGCUAGCAAGUACAACGGCAAAAAAGAGGCACACUGUAGCUGUUUUGACGAAAAGUGGUACUAUCAAUUGCACUCCAAUUGAUUUUUUGGCAAGAAUUCGUAUUAAAUCACAUGAGCAGGUCGCUCAUAGUACAUACAUUCAUACUUCUGCUCAUACCGACAACAGGGGAAGUGUGCUCGCCCGCCCGAAAGCCGUUCGGGCGCCCAGGGCGUCAUGGAAGGCCCCACACAGUGGUACCGCCGGGACAAGUAAGACUUGUUAGCAGCUCCCAACAUUUGCUGUACGCGCCGGGUAUGAACCUUCACUAUUCACACUGGCCACUUACCCAAGGUGUCUGGAAAAUGCAAAUGCCGCGCCCUCCCAUAGGCCGGCCAAGAUGCCUCAAUCCGUAGAGGUGUCUUGAAAAACCUAACCUCAGUAGUUUUGUUUGCAAGGUCCGU